AUGAGACAACAACUAUCUCCCGUCCUGGCGUCACUCGCGAGCGUCUUCAAGAUCCCAAUUGCCCGUUCAUCAGCAUCCUUUGCUUCCUCCCCAUUGAGCUCCUCAUCAUUCUUGCAAGCACCGCUAUCGAGCAGGGUGUGCGGUGAGCUGCGGACUUCAGUGUUUUCGCGACCAUUUUCCGCCGGCCCUGUGUUAUCUGCGCGGAAAGGGAAGAAAGUGAUUGAUAAGCGCGUUACACUCAUCCGCUACUUCCUUUAUCACCCCUUAACACCACGGCCCCUCCGUUUCUCCCGCAACCGUUACCUGCGCCAUUGGACCAUCCACCGUGCCUGGCAACUCUACUGCGCCAAGAAGCGUGAGGCACGCCAGCUCGAGCUCGAACGCCAGUGGAACAGCAUGCGGGAUGCGUGCGAGGAGCUACGAACGGGAGCAGGGGAUGGUGGCAAGUUGUUCCGCAUUUCAAUGAAUAAAAGGGGCGUCUUCACGGACCAGAUACCGAUUGAGUAUGGUAGGAUGCAGACGGAGGGGCCUAGUAAGGACGGAUGGAAUUAUGACUGGAAGAGGUAGAGGUUUUGGUGGUGGUUGAGGAAGGAAGCUGCGGGGCGAGAGCGUUGGGUUAAAUUCGCUUGCAGUUUGAUGGAGGUGAAGCGAGAGAGCGGUGUGUUUUCACUUUUGAAGAUACAUUGAAAUUGAGAAUUGUGGGGUUAUACGACCUCAUUUUGUCCUUUUGCUUGCAUUUUAUUGCCGUUUCCCUCUCCUUUAUUUAUACGUUGCAUCAACUUGUCUCUCCGUGUGUGCCGUUCUAGGACUUCUGUACUAUACAUUAUAUUAAACAUCGAUGCAAAAGUCAAUACAUAGAUACAUACACAUAUAUAUAUAUAUAUAUAUCAUUAUCUCCUUCCAAAGACAAAUUAAAUACCUCCUCCAGAAC